AUGAAGUAUUUGUGCCUGGCCUUAGGGCUUUUCGCCCUUUCGGCGCUCUCAUUCGCUGAAGAAGAGCUUUCCGAAACCGGUCAAGCCGUUCUGGCAAAGAUCAGAGCUCUAAAGGAGGAAGAGAAGCAGCUCCUGAAAUCCAUCACUGAUGAGGAUCAGAAGGACUUGUAUUUGUGCCUGGCCUUAGGGCUUUUCGCCCUUUCGGCGCUCUCAUUCGCUGAAGAAGAGCUUUCCGAAACCGGUCAAGCCGUUCUGGCAAAGAUCAGAGCUCUAAAGGAGGAAGAGAAGCAGCUCCUGAAAUCCAUCACUGAUGAGGAUCAGAAGGACUUGGUCGAGUCUAUCGUCGACAAGGAAGAGGAAGAAGAAGACGAUAAGGCUAUAGCUACGCUAGAGAAAGAGGAAAAGGAAACUAAGGAGGAGACAGAUGAAGAGGAGGGAAACGUUCGUGAGAAGCGAGCUGCCCGAAGAAGAAGACGAGGACGACGUGGUCAUCGAGGACGCCGUCUCGCUGCUCAUCGCCGCCGUGCCCACCGCGCUCGCCAUCGUGCCAACCUUCGCCGAGCAAGACGCAAUCAUAAAAUCAAGAAGAUCCGCGCUCUGCAAGAAGCGACGAGGAUAAACCUCUGUCCUCAUUCCCAGCCUUAA